CUACACUGUGCUCCAAAUGCUGACCAGCUGUCCAGGCCUCCGUUAGUGAGGUCCUGAAAGAUUUGACUUUAUGAAUCACACUGAAGAGUCUUGGAUGUAUGCCCGUUUAGCCCAGUGCCUUCUUGGUGGUGCCAAAAGAGAAGGAAAUGUUCCCUUCACCUCAGCUUCAAAAGAUAAGUACUGUCUAGGAAGUAUCCUAAGUAUACUAAUAACCUAUUUACAUCUGUUAGUUGUGAACUUACCUAGAACCUUUAAGUCUAUUUUUAUUCUGUAUCUCUUGGGUAAUUAGUCCCAGAUGCUUACUACUUAUUUUGUGACUUAGUUCUUUUUUCUUUGACUUACCUUAAUUGGAGUGUUUAUAUUCUAAAUUUGGCCAUUACUACCCAUCGCUACCGCCUCUACCUUUGUCACCUUUCACCAUAUCUGGCCUACUGUAGUAACCUCCUGACCUCCCUGCCUCCACUUUGGCUUUUUAUGGUAAUUCCCCUUACCACAGCCCAGAGAUCCUUUAAAGUGUAAAUUAUGUUGCCUUGUUUUUGGAGAGCCUUUCAUCACAUUCAGAAUAAAAUACAAACGACGUGUUCUGGAACAGCCUCCUUCCCUUAACUCACCUUGUAUCGCUCUGCCUAGAUUAGUACCCUAGGGCCUGGCCAUGUCUGUUCCUGUGUUCUAGACCCACUAGGACAAGCUGGGAACUUGCUAGGCUUGUUCCUGCCUUAGGGCAUUUGAGCUUGCUGUACCCUGUGGCUUCAGUAUUCUCCCAGAUCUUGCUAUGGCUGAUUCCAUCAUGUCAUUCAGGUUUCAGAUGUUUCUUUGAGGAAAUUUCUCCCCAGUUCUCUCUCCGUUCUCUUUUAUUUUAUUCAUAACAUUUUGCACUAUCUGGAAUUUCCCUAUUUUUUUAAUAUUCUGGUUCCUAUGCUAGAAGUUAAACUGUGAAAAUUGGGAUCCUGGGGAUGUUUUCCUAUUCUCUGCCUAGUAGGUACUUAAUGAAUGUUAGUUGAAUGAAUGAACUUGCUGAACAUGUCUGUAUUCCUCUUGAAGAUACUGUCAGUUUUAGAUAAGCCCUUCAUAUAGAAGAAUCCUAGUUUUGAGUCUUUUUUUUUUUUUUUUUUUUAAUAGGACAGUGCCUUGAUUCUCUUACUUCAGUAAUUCUUGAUGUUUGGGCCAGAGCAUGGCUACAUUCUACUUUAGAACUGUAGAAUUAAUCCCUGGGAGGAAUGGGUUCCAGGAAUCUGCAUUUUCAACAAGCCCUUGAGUUAACUGUAGAUGUAGAACAACUCUGACGUAGGUAUUCCUACUUCCAUUUUACACAUGAAGGAACUGUGACAUGAUUUAAACAGUCAAGUUAAAUCAAACUGGGAAAUCAUGGCAGAAGGUGGAUUUGAUCCCUGUGAAUGCGUUUGCUCUCAUGAACAUGCGAUGAGAAGGCUGAUCAAUCUGUUGAGGCAGUCCCAGUCCUACUGCACAGACACAGAAUGUCUUCAAGAAUUGCCAGGACCUUCUGGUGAUAAUGGCAUCAGUAUUACCAUGAUCUUGAUGGCCUGGAUGGUUAUUGCAGUGAUUUUGUUUCUACUGAGACCUCCUAAUCUAAGAGGAUCCAAUCUUACUGGAAAGCCAACCAGUCCUCAUAAUGGACAAGAUCCACCAGCCCCUCCUGUGGACUAACUUUGUGAUAUGGGAAGUGAAAAUAGUUAACACCUUGCACGACCAAAUGAACGAAGAUGACCAGAGUACUCUUAACCCCAUUAGAACUGUUUUUCCUUUUGCAUCUGCAAUAUGGGAUGGUAUUGUUUUCAUGAGCCUCUAGAAAUUUCACUUGCAAGCUUAUUUUUGCUUCCUGUGUUAUCACCAUUCCUUUUUACAGCAUAUUUGAGUAAAUGAUUAUAUUAAAAAAAAGUUACAUGGGCUUUUUUGGUUAUCCUACACUUAAACAUUCCACUCAUUUUUUUUGUAACUGUGAUCAUAAUUUUUGUGAUGAUUUCUGGCCUGAUUGAAGGAAAUUUGAGAUCUCUGCAUUUAAAUAUUUUAAAUAGUUUUGAUAGGUUUUAAAAUUGCUUUUUUUUUUCAUUAGUUAUUUAUAAAGUUACUUGGGGUUGUCUGAGAUUGUAUGAAAAAAAAUUAGAACCACACUGUAUUUACAUUUACCUUGAUUUGCGGGUGGCAGUUAUCUCUAGUUCUUGGGACUGUGGCAGCCUUUGGAAUAUUUUACAGUUCUGUGUCAUCCACUACAACUGGCUUAUGUGGCUAGAAAAGGAAGGGAGAAGAAAUGAAAUAGUUGUUUACUAAGCUUUUUAUUCCCGUAAAAAUGUCUAAUAUUAGGAGAACUUUAAACAUGAUUUAAAUAUGGUGGAUGAUUUACAGUCCAUUAUAGCCUUACAAGGUUUGUGAAAGGAGGAAAAAAGUUAAUUCUUUCUGCCUUUGCCAAGUAUAUUCUAUACAGUAAUAAUUUAAGCUAUAAUUUAUUUGUUAAAUGGGUGCCUCUCAGGAACCUUCUUUUCUGUUCUAACACUUCCCUGUUAAAUGGAACUAUCUUAAAGCUGUAUUGGGGACCUAUUUGGUUACUGAUAUUUGAAUGCUCUUUACUUAUUUAGUCUUUUUUCUGUGAGGAAAAAAAUGAAUCUUUUAUCCUUCUUACUUUAAAAUAUAUUUGAUGAAUUCUUAGUUUACUCCAAGGGAGAAGGAGGAAAAUGAAAAAGCAAUCAAGGAUCUUUUUCUCACCCCUUAUCUCAUUCUUGUUUAGUAAUAGGAUGGAUUGGGUGAGGAGGAGUAUUAAUAUAAGUAAAAUUUUGAAAUGUAUGAAAAGUAAAAGGUUGCAUUGUUUUGCUCAGUUUGAAAGAAAAUACAAAUGGCAUAAAAACGAAGUCGGCAUGACCUAUGUGGUUAUGGAAUUUUUUCUUAGCAAGUGAUUACAGAUGGUUUAUGGGGGCUAGAAGAUAUUUUGCUAUCAAUGUAAGGAUUUUUCCCCCAGAUGAGUCUAGCUUUUCACUGUAUUGAUCUGAGAAAUUACUUGUAUGAAUUAAUAAACUUCUCUAUAUCAUUGUACUGUUUAAUAGAGUCUCUGAUACAAUUGUGUGAUGCUCAUAGGGUAUUUUCCCCCCUUUAUUAUGAUUACAUUUUAGGCCAUAAACAUUUUAAGGGCUUCAUUCAUUAUAUAAUCCAAUAUUGACUGCUUGCAUUCCUUUUGUGCAUCUUGGCUUUGUGCUUAAUUUCUUGACAUAAUAUAACCUACUCAAUUACUUUAUGCUAAUUGAAGGGUAUCAUAACACAGGUAAGUCAAAUCUUGGAUAAUUGAGCACCAGAGGUUUAAAGUUCUUCCUCUUGCUGGGCCUGGAAACCUUCCCAGCUUUAUAACUGUUAGAGUAUUUAAUGCAGAAAGGGCAGGAAUGGCAUAGGAUGGAGCUAAAUCUCUGUAAGCAUUCCUUUUUCUGCCCUUGCCCCCUAGACUUUGAAGGCUUACACAUAUAUCCUAACAGUCUUUUCUCUAAGCUGCUAGAAAGCCAAUCUUUGGCAGAGAUACGGAUGUAUUUACUGAAUCUGUGGCUCACAAAUAAUUGAGAAUUGGCUUUGGUUGAAGCCAACUGGCCUAGACCUGGAAACAGAAUGUCUAGUGUUAGCUAGAGACCUGCAAAUCUAGAUUCUUAUUCCUGGUUCUUCAUUUCUGUUAUGUACACUUAAUUGAUAGUACAUCUAGAAUAUUAACCUUUUCUAUAUGGACCAUCUAUUUAAUUAGCAACAAAGCUCCUAGAGAAGUAGUUUUGGUUUUUUUGCUUAUAAAAUUUCUCCGUAUUCCUGAGAAAGACCAUGUACUACUGCAUAUAAAGUAUUCCUGUUAACCUAACUAGUAAUUUAUAUUAUUCUAUUUAAUUCUUAAACUUCUACAUGUGGCCUUCUUAUUGAGCACACUCUUAGUCAUUACUUGGCUUGUAAACAUUCACCUGAACUGUGGCUACAAUCAUUUUUAAAUAAUCUGGAAAAAAGAAAGCUAAAGCUUCACAUUUUAAUUUUUGGCUCUUAAAUAUUCCACAACUAACAUUAAGUUAAUUUUAUUUAAGAGUGAUUUGAUGUACCUUAUGCAAAGUAAUGUUUUCUUUCCAUAUGGAAAAAGUUAACAUUGGAACUGUGUAUAGUAAAAGAUUUUAUCAUGUAUCUAUCCAAGCACUAUCCCAUAGCCAGCAAGUCAUAUUUUAAACUUGCAGAGAUUUUCCAAAGUAACUGUUAGGUUCAGCUAUUCCAUGGUUACUUUUAGUGUCAUUGUGUGGUAUGUGAUGUGGUAGUAUUUAUAGAAUUACUGAAUUUUUAUAUUUUCAAAGAAACCUUGGAAAUUUGUCACUCUGAAUUAAAGUCUGUCACUCUAAAUAAACAUGUGCUAAAAUUGGACCAGCGCAUCAGCUUAUGACACAAAAUAGCAACUUGAAGGAGAAAUGAAGCGUUUACACAUAAUGGGUUAAAUUUUUGUUGUUGGCAAUAGUAGGUUUAGUCUUAACAUAAUAUUUCUAAAUGAAAAAUCAUAUGUAUUUGUUACCAUGUCUGAUGAUUGCUUUGUUAAAAGCAAAAGUGGUCAUGUGAUAUACUAAAUAUUAAUUGCUGUUUUUAAAUGUUUAAAUCAUGCCAAACAAAUCAUGUCUGUGCCAUCCAGGGUUUAUUGUAAUCUUUUACUGAGUACUUGGACUGGGAUAAAGGGCUUGUACUAUGCACUUUUUAUUAAUGAAUAAAUAGAAAACGUUAGUAAUG